AUGGCACAUAAACCAAAUUCGAGAAAACAGAAUCAAAUUCGCAAGUCAAAAUCUAAAGAGAAAAAGCCUUCACCUCAUGACGACAUCGAGUCGCUGCAAGUUACUUUUUACGAAAUUGAAUCAUGGAUAGAAAAAACAACGCCUGUCCUAAAUCGCUUAACGAAAGAACUGGAUAAAGCAUCAACCAAUUUUGCAAAGACUAGAAAAGAAUUUGAAGAUAAAGAACAGCAGCAGCAGCAGCAGCAGCAGCAACAGGCUGACAAUGAUCAGGAAGCAUUAGCAAUUGUUACAUCGGCAAUAACAACAUCAAAUGCUAAACCAAUGCAAUGGCUCUUAUCAUUCCAGCCGGGAAAUCUACUUCGACUAGAUACGAAUAUCACUAGUGUCGAACAGCUGAUUGAAGCUGUUAGGAUGAUACGAUCAAUGCAAUCCGAGGAGACAACCACUAGAAGCUCAUCAUCGAUAUUGACAAAUUACCAAACAACACAAGAUGCGUAUGUUGAAUACUGGCAAUAUGCCAUUGGUCGACGACCCAAGAUAUGUUUGGAAAACUACAAGCAUUGUCGGAUGAAUCUGAACGGCUUAACAAAAAAUAUAACACCCGUAGCGUUAAACUAUAUUGGACAGGUGUAUAUGGACUGCUUGCAUCCUAAGUUUUGUUCAGAUUGGAAUACUUUUUGGGAUAAAUCGGGCAAAAACCCUCAACGAGAUCAGGCCUGCAUAGACUCUGGUCUAGGUAUGUUGUUUUUACACAUUAUGCGGCAUGACAAAUUUAUUUGUGAGAACUCCCAAGAAAUUGCUGGUUUCUACUAUGAUCGAGCAAGAGAAGAACUAAUGGACUUUUUUGAUGAGCAGCCCGACUGCGCCUCCAUCGAAGCGCUUCUCAAUUUAUCUAUGUUUUGCAUUGUUUGCAAGAGAUAUUCGCAAGCGAAAAUUUACAUUGGGUUAUGUUUAGAUAUGGUUAUAAAUUGCAAUCUUCAUAAAGAAGCCAAAAUGCCUCAUAAUGAAAUAUUUCUACGUCGCAAGUACUUGAAGCUAUUGCUGAUUCUCUAUUACAAUGACUCGACACUAUCAGUGUAUGUCAAUGAACCAGCCUUAAUUCGUGAUGAAGACCUCAACGUUGACUUUUACGAGCUCAUCACCUUGAAUAAUAUGAUAUCCGAAUUACACUCUACUGAAGAUAAUAUUGAUAAAGUAGAUUUUGACAACAACAAGACGCUUGUAAAAGAGACUUAUUUCGUACAUACAGUCGAGCUAUGCAGACUUACUAAGAAAACAACAAUUUUAGUUGAGAACAAUGCUUCUUUAAGGCAGCUGGUUGCCCAAGAACGUCUCCUUUUGCAGUGGUUCGAACGGUUGCCGCAAAGUUUUAGAAAAGAUAGCUUCAAUUAUGAUAAAUACGAACGCAUGAAACAGAGAAGAGCUGAAGAGCGUGAUCUGAUCAGCUCUAUGGACGCAGAAGCUCUUGAAGCGCAAGCAGCAUUAUUACUACGAAUUCAAUAUGAAGCACAAUGGAUUAUUUUGCAGAAGGCAAUCAUCAACUGUAUUCGCCAUUCAUCACAGUCAUCAUUCACUUUAUUGCCGUUUCUAAAAAAUCAAGAGCAGAAAUCCAUUGCACAAAGUACAUCGUCAGCAGAAACGAUCGUUAGCAUAUCAGAGAAAAUUACACGAUGUUUCGGAUGGUGUGUAUGUCAACAAUUAAUCCCAAGUUUAUACCAUGCCUCAACGGUAUUUUGUGGGCAAGCACUCAGGACAAAUGAUGUGUGUCUAAGAAACAAAGCCACAGCAAUGAUUCACAGAAUCAUGAAUGUUUUGGGUGCAGGAAGCCUAAUUUACGAAGGUUUUCCAGACGAUAUGUCAGAAUGUUUAUGUGAAUUCCUCAAGGAACAUGGCAUUCACAAUAGUAUGGAAUGUUUAUGUAUGUUAUCAGACGAUAAUACAGAACUACUUAAAAGCACAGACAAGAUGGAAGAAGAUAAUACAAUAAUAAAAUAUGAUAAUAGCAAUACCCCAUUUUCUUUUUCCUAG